AUGGAAAUUAAAUUCCAGCAGCAACAAAAGCAGCAUUUGAGGCCAAGCAUAUCAUCAAAAGGAGGAAAAUUCAAAGGGAGAAAGAGAUCAAACAAUAGUAACAACACAAACAAGUUUGUUGGGGUAAGACAAAGACCUUCAGGGAGAUGGGUUGCUGAGAUCAAAGACACAACACAAAAGAUAAGAAUGUGGCUUGGCACAUUUGAAACUGCAGAGGAAGCUGCAAGAGCUUAUGAUGAAGCUGCAUGUCUUCUAAGGGGAUCCAACACUCGAACCAACUUCACCACUCAUGUAUCUUUGGAUUCUCCUCUUGCUUUUCGGAUUCGAAAUCUUCUUAACAACAGAAAAGGUACCAAACAAGAAGAAGAUGUUGUUGCAUCUGCUACAAGAACUACCACACACAAUGUUAGCAGCACUAGUAGUACUAGUUCAAGCAAUAAUGACAACAAUGACAACAAAUCACUUUCUAGUGGGACAACAACUCCUCAAAAUACUCAACUAUUUGAUGAUGAUGCUUAUAGACCAGAUUUGAGUAAUUUCAGGAAUGAGUCUGAGUCAGGUUCUAAGUCCAAUCUUUCAUGGGGUUGUGAACCUGUUUUAGAUCGUUUUCCUUUUGCUCAAGCAUUGGAUAUACCAAACCCUGAUGGAUUGCCUUAUGCAGCUGAGUUGGAGCUUUCAGAAUUUGAAAGGAUGAAAGUUGAAAGACAAAUAUCAGCUUCACUUUAUGCAAUUAAUGGUGUGCAUGAGUACAUGGAAACUGUUCAGGACUCUAAUGAACUUCUCUGGGACCUUCCACCCUUGUGCUCAUUUUUCUCUUAA